UUCUUCGUUGGCGAUGAUGUACCCACUUUCGGCGAUGCUUUGCUGAGACGAAACGAUGGAAUAUGGAGGACGGUGGAGCGGACCCCGAGAACAACAAUAGUAGCCACUGUGGAAUGUUAGGAAUCAGCAUGCCAUGCGAAGGAGCCGGUCAUGACUUUAGCACCGUCCGGAAGGAACUGGAGUACGCGAACGCGAUCGCCGCACACUACGGCGCCACGGAAAAGGGCGAUCGAAUCAUUAGCUAUAAAAUAGAGAAUAGAAGACGAAGUGAUCACUGUAGCCGGUCGAACAGUCCAUUCCUGAACCCGACCUCAACCGAGCUAGACGGCCGGUGUAGUAACAGCAGUAACAAACAGACCGGAAUCCUGCGUACCGCUCAGGACAAGAUGUCACCACUCUCGAUGCCCACCGGUCCGAGCGCGACCUCGACGACAGCAGCAGCCGCCGCCGCUGCCGUCGCUGCUGCCCAAGUACACCUUAAUGGAACUAUGCAAGACAUGUUAAAUCUACAGAAACUGCAAAGCUUAGCACAGCUAACGGGAGCGAGCGUGUUAGGCCCGAGCCUGGGACUCCCGACGUCCCCUUUGCUGGGGAAUUCACCACUCAACCUGAGCCUGUCGGGUCAAAAUCACAGCCCACAGGUAUUGGGGCUAGGACCGGCGGCACCGAUUGCUGCGGCCGCACCUCAGAUGCCACAGCUGCUGCUGGCGUCGGGACAAAUUAUGCAAGGAAUCCAAGGUGCCCAGCUGCUCAUACCGACGUCUCAAGGAAUUGCUACCCAAACGAUCCUCACGAUCCCGGUCGGACAGCAGGUGAUAUCGAACAUGAGCAGUGAGGCGCUGCUGCAGUCGUUGAACUUUAACAAUUCCCUCAACGAAACCCUUAGCACACAGGCGGCUCAAGCGGCCGCGGCUGCUGCUGCUGCUGCUGCCAGUGGCGGUCUGUUUGCGACUCCCCGUGAUGCAACGGGAUCCUCCAGCUCGGGGUUACUUUCGACGCAACUGCUCGCAUCGGCUGGGGGACACUCCCUGCAGCAAUCCCAGCAACAUUCCCCCAAAGGUUUGCACUACGCCAACCACCACCACCACCAUCACCAUCACCUUGGGGAUGUGAAGUUUAAGCCAAACUCCACCUCGUCUUCGUCGGCCACCUCAGCGUCCGGUUCGAGCUGCUUACCUUCGGUGCACGAUAGUCACCGACAAGCCGGUCACUCCCUGUCGUCCUCUACCGCCUCUAACUCUCUUGGACAUGCGACGGGUGGUCGCAUGACGCCCGACAUUCAUCGGACGAAGCUACAACCGGGUGACUCUCCGAAACGGAUCUCACUGGCCACGUCUUCUCCGCCCGUGUCUGCCACGCUCAGCCGGCCCGCUAGUUAUGCUUCCUGUUCGUCCUCACCUUACGAGAAAUCGAUGCCGCUAAAGCGAACACUUUCCCCUCCGGCCACCCUCAACUGUACCACUCCGAGCAGUAGUAGUGGCCACUCUAGCAAUGGACAUUUGCAGGUUAACGUGCACGGCAGUGCCAUCAGUGCAACAAGCCCUCGGUCUCCGUCGGACAGUGCAAUCAACAGACUUGGUCUACCGAGUGGCAGUGAUCUGAUCACCUCCAAAUCGAAACUAUCGCCUGCCGGAUCAUCCAACUCCGGUCUAGCUUUACCGAAGGAACAAUCCUCAACCCAUCCCCACUCGUCCCUCUCACCGCUUCACCAUCAAUCUUCCUCCGGACCAUCUGCGCCCGGGUCGACCGGUAGACCCGGAUCGUGUGAUCUGGAGUUGAUAGAGCAACAUCAGCACCAGCAACAGCAUCACCGAGCACCAUCGGUGGACGAACUGGACCUAGACAAACCAUCCACCGUCGGCAGCAGCAGUAGUACGGCAGUGCAUCCGUUGCAGAAACGACCACAUCACAGUGCAACCAGCACGCCACCGCCCAAACUGAGUCCGGCGGGGUCCGCCGGCAGAUUAUCGCACAGCGACGAUGACGACGAUGACGCCUCGAACCACGAGUUUCUGGAAGAGCAUCCAAAUGAGUUAACAAUCAAUCAAACUAAUUGCAACGUGGUGGACGGUAUCGAUCUGGACGACAUCAAGGAGUUCGCCAAGGCGUUCAAACUGCGGCGACUGUCGCUCGGACUCACGCAAACCCAGGUCGGUCAGGCGCUGUCCGUUACCGAGGGUCCCGCCUACAGCCAGAGUGCCAUUUGCAGCGCACUCGCCGCCCAGAUGUAUUGUGCAGCGCAACUUUCAUCGCAGCAGCAGCAAAUGUUUGAAAAGUUAGACAUUACUCCCAAAAGCGCACAAAAAAUUAAGCCCGUGCUCGAGCGCUGGAUGAAGGAGGCGGAAGAAAGUCAUUCGUCUAGGUACAAAUCGGGCCAAAACCACGUGCCAGACUUUAUCGGUGUGGAACCGUCCAAGAAGCGGAAACGAAGGACAUCCUUUACACCACAAGCACUCGAGCUGCUGAACGGUCACUUUGAACGGAACACACAUCCCUCCGGAACUGAAAUAACCGGCCUAGCCCAUCAGCUCGGCUACGAGCGGGAAGUUAUACGCAUCUGGUUCUGCAACAAACGCCAAGCGCUCAAGAACACCGUGCGUAUGAUGUCCAAGAGCUUCAAGAUGGAAAAUACUUAA